AUGGCUACCGAAUACAAGAUCAAAGGCUUGACCAGCCUCGACCUGAAGAAUGGUCAGAAGCAAGAAGUAGAGGUCGAUGGCAUUGAGGGAGGAAAGGUCCUUCUGGCCAAGGUCAAGGAUGAGGUUCAUGCCAUGAGCGCCAACUGCACCCAUUACGGUGCACCCCUGGUUAAGGGUGUUCUUACACCUGAGGGCAGAAUUACUUGCCCCUGGCACGGAGCCUGCUUCAAGGUUUCCACUGGUGACGUCGAGGAUGCACCCGCUCUCGACCCUCUGGCCAAGUUCCAGGUCUACGAGCGUGACGGUGCUGUUUACAUCAAGGGCGAGGAGAAGGUCAUCAAGGCCAACAGACGCCAACUCAACAUCAAGUGCAGUAGCGUAAAGGACAAGGACCACGUCGUUGUCAUUGGAAGCGGAAGUGGUGCCGUCGGUGCCAUCGAGGGCCUUCGUGGUGGCGGUUACAAGGGCAAGAUCACCGUCGUCUCCCGCGAAAACUCGCAACCUCUCGAUCGCACCAAGCUUUCAAAGGCUCUGAUGACCGACCAGUCCAAGCUCGCAUGGCGCACAAUGGACUACUACAAGGAGGCCUCGAUCGACUUCACCUGGGGCAACGUCACAAAGGUCGACUUCAACAACAAGUCCGUCGAGACCGAGGAUGGCAAGAAGGUCAACUACACCAAGCUCAUCAUGGCUUCCGGUGGCACUCCCAAGUGGCUUCCAAUGGACGGACUCAAGGGUGAUCUUGAGAAUGUCUUCGUCCUUCGUGCUCUCCCUCAUGCCCAGGGUAUCAUGAAGGCUGCUGGCGAGAACGGUGGCAAGAAGGUAGUCGUUGUUGGCAGCUCCUUCAUCGGUAUGGAGGUUGGCAACUGCCUCGCUGGCAUGAAGCAUGAUGUCACCAUCAUCGGUAUGGAAGAAGAACCCAUGAUGGCUGUUAUGGGCAAGCAGCUCGGCAAGACCUUCAGAGAGUUGCUCGAGAAGAACGGUGUCAAGUUCAAGAUGCAGGCAGAGGUCGAGGGUGCCAAGCCCUCCGAGUCGAACUCCAAGAUGGUUGGCUCGGUACAACUCAAGGAUGGCACCAACCUCCCUGCUGACCUUGUCAUCGAGGGUGUCGGCGUCAGACCCUCGACCGACUACCUCCAGGACGUCAAGGAGAUCAAGCUCAACAAGGAUGGCUCAAUUAACGUUAACGAGAAGUUCGAGGUUGAGGGUCUCAAGGAUGUCUUUGCCAUUGGCGACAUUGCCUCAUACCCCUACCACGGACCCGGAGGUAACGGCAAGCUGGUUCGCAUCGAGCAUUGGGAUGUUGCUCAGAACGCCGGUCGCUCGGUCGCUGGCACGAUCAACGACCCUUCGGCACCUCCCAAGUCAUUCAUUCCCGUCUUCUGGUCUGCCCUUGGUGCUCAAUUGAGAUACUGUGGUAACACGCCCAAUGGCUACGACGACGUCAUUAUCCAAGGCGAGACAGACGCACAGAAGGGCCCCAGCUUCGUUGCAUACUACCACAAGGGCGAGGAAAUUGUCGCUGUUGCCAGCAUGAUGAAGGACCCUUACAUGACACAGAGCGCCGAACUGAUGAGACACAACAAGAUGCCCGGCAAGAGCGAGAUCCAGAAGGGAGUUGAUAUCAUGGAGAUCUCCAUCCCAUCAGAGAUCAAGAUUUGA